CAAACGCCCACAUGUGAGACCUGACCUACCAAUUCUCACUCUGUCAACACACUUCCCGACGGAAAAGAUAUAUACCACAGCAGGAGUUCAUCAUUGCUCGAUUGUCACUAGAACUGGGGCUGCUUCGUUCUUAUCUGCGUCUGAUACUUAUAUCUGUCAUCACUAUUUUACAGCAGUUAUAUUGUGCUGAGUGACUAAUGCGAAGAGAACAUGUUUGUUCGAAGUGUACAGUUUCGUACGUCAAUAGAAGCCAUCUACGGCGACAUGAGGCAACACAUCAAGAUACCCCUGAGUACGAUUGUCCAGUUUGUACUAAAAGUUUUAGAAGACGCGACGUGGCUAGACGUCAUACAACGCAGUGCGCUUUAAAGACCGGACAAUCAGCGCCUGCACCAUUGCAGGCCGGCAGAAAGAAGCGAUCUUGCGAUAAUUGUGCUAGAACAAAGCUCGCCUGCGACCGAGACAUGCCAUGUCUUGUUUGUGAAGCGAAUCGCGUCCCGUGCACUUACAAUCGUCUGCGUCCCAAGCGGGAGCUUCCUCUGGCCGUGGAGGCGCAGCCAACUUUGGCGGGAGAUAUGAGAGCAUCCAGCCCUGGAUCAGUUUCCCUUAACUUUCAUCUGAAGUUUUCUAAUGUGGAAAAUGCACGGAGAUUCGACAUACAACGAAUUCUGGAUGAUGUCAUGGGCUAUUCUGAUGAUAUCGUAGAGUACCGAGAACUGCACAGGUGCAGUGAUUUUGAUCUGUCUUCUGGACUAAAGACAUGCUUGUCCGUCGAAAACUCGCUGCUCUUAUCAGACCAUCCUUCCGCCUGCUCAGCAGAGUCGCAAUUACGAACCUCAGAACCUCACACCGCCCACCUACGGACCGAAGGCUGCCAUCAGGGUCUCUCUAAAAAGAUUGACGAGGCCGUCGCUCGAUUCGUCUUCUCUCGAGAGUCCUAUAUUGGAACAGCAAUGUGUACACGUGAAACACAUCGGAUACGAACUCUUUUCAACAUCGACAAUUUCACGGCAUUUGUGGACACCUACUUUAAGUAUUGGCAUCCUCAUCUACCGAUUAUAUUAGUUCCAAGUUUCCAUAUUACGGAAGCUCAGGACACGCUACUCUUGGCGAUCUUCAUGGCGUGUUCGAUUUGUGCAGCUCCAAACGACUCUCACUUCGAGGCAGAUGAAUACUUUGAUAUCAUCGAAGAAUAUAUCUUUGACUCCGACGUAUUUCAAGAUUCAGCUGCUGGAUCUGUAGCUGGUAUAGGAUAAGGGAGAUCGAGAUGCUGCAGGCAGCGGUCAUUCUAACGAUGCUUCAACUAGACGCUCCGAGCCAUCAAGCCCGGCACCGAGCGCGAUCUGAGCGAUUGCCAAACAUGAUACGUGCUCUACGCGCCUUGGGCUUGACUAAUAGCGAUGGUGAUGGUCGUAAUCCGAGCUUUGUUGCGGGCAACACAGGCUAUGCGCUCGAUAUUACUGAGAAUGUGGCAAGGUAAGCAACUCUG